GGCCGCGCACUGCGCCGUGCAUGGCGCAUGGGCGAAUUGAGUGACGCGGCGCUGGGCCGGGGUGUCCUGACCACAGUUGGGGCGUUGUUUCUGCUAUUCUUACUCUGGGUCAACAGUUACUACUUUAUUGACGAAGAACUCGUCAUUCACGCGUGGCUGCCGAAUCCACAGUGGGCGCUUUUAUUUUGCGCUAUCUGGGGGCUCUGUUUCGUCGGCGGCCUCAUGGCCUACACACUCUACCACUUGCGACCCUACCUCUAAUCGUCAAACACCUACAACUCACACAAAUAUGUACUAAAUUGAAAUAUAUUACCAUGGAGGUUGCAAAUAGAGAUCAAUGGAUCGUGAUCGGGAUUUCGGGCGUCACCUGCGGUGGAAAAACUACGUUCGCCAACAAGCUCGCUCAAACUCUAACGCCGGUGUAUCUGUUCAAUCAGGACACUUAUUUCUAUCCGGAUGACAGUCCACACCACGUGCGCGUCGAGGGCAUGGAGCACAACAACUACGACAUACUGUCGUCGCUGGACAUGAAGAGCAUGUUCGCGGACAUAUUGGCGACGAUGCGCGGCGAAGACAAGGCGCAGUACAGCUCGAGCGAGCGCGGCGCGCGCACCGCGGCGGAAGGGAAGAAGUUCCUCAUCGCUGAGGGGUUCACCGUGCUCAAUUAUAAGCCGAUACUGGACCUAUGCGACCUGAAGUACUAUUUCGUACUGGAGUUCGGCGAGUGCUUCGCGCGGCGCUCGCUGCGGCUGUACGACCCGCCCGACGUCCCCGGCUACUUCGAGCGGUGCGUGUGGCCCGAGCACUUGAAGUACCGUGCCGAGAUCGAGCGCAACUCUUCAAUACGCCUGUUGGACGGCAAGGUGCCGGACCCGAUACGGAUCGUGCUAGCGGACCUGCAGCGGCUCGGCCUCUCCGCCUCCUAGCGCGACCUCCCCACCACUUAUUACCGUCUCACCGUAUUGUUACCUAUAUGGAGUAAUUUUAUGUAAGUUGUACACUACACUUUUUUAAUUUGGAAUUUUUUGUUGUUUCUACUCAGAAUCAGAUGCUUUUAUGAUCCCUAUUGGAGAAAAGAAGUGUCCCAAGAUUUUUAUUUCCAUUCCGUUACCAUUUUUCAUAGACUGUUUGACGGUAACGAAAUGGAAGGAACGAAAAAUUAAUGGAUAUUUUGGGAGACUUUUUUGCUCCUAUUAGGAUCAAAACAGCAAAUGAGCUAGGUAAUGAGCGUUCGUCAAAGGAUGGUGCUAAACUCCAGUACCGACUAUAUUUAGUUGUGUGGAAAGUAUAGUAUCGCGCAAAAUUAAGUGUGAGCCAGUUGAAUCUUGAAUCAGUGUUAGGUAUUUAUGUGUUUGUUUAAUCAAGAUGUUUUCUGCUCUGCAGUUUUAUAUGAUUAUACAUAUAAGAAUAUUUACUAAGCACUGUUGAUGGUGGUCUUUUGUGUAGUUGGUGCAUCUUGAGUUACUAAUAUUUCCAUCAAACUAAUAGGUGAUAUCUUCUGAGAUGAAUAAUUAAAAAGGAAAUGUAGUAUCUGCCCGUAUUAUAUAUAGUAAAAUAUUACUUACACAAACUUAACUUCAGUGCCUUUGUAAUGUUUCGUAAAUAAUUAUAGAUAGUGUUUUACCUAGUCUAGCCAUAAAUUCUGUUACAAAAUUAAUAAAGUUUUAUAUACUUAAUAAAGGGACUAAUAACGAAUAAAAAAUGCCCAAUAAUUAUUCAAUUUUGUUAGCCCCCCACUUUAAUAUGUGCCUUAGUUUUAAGGAACAAGCGAGAAGGGCCUAAUUUGCGCACCAUCUUUUAUAGAAAUAUGACAUUUUAAUUCUAAAAUUUUUUAUUCAGUCAACCAAAAUAUAUACGAUUUCAAUUUCCAAUGCUUCCUUAAUUAUCUGAAUAAAGAUGUAUGAAAGCGCCAGAUGUAGUUAACAAAGUGCUGCAAGACUGUCAUCCUGUGUAUUUUACGAUUUUGGGAGUAGAUCCAGAUAAAAGAUUCACUGGGCCCAAUUUUUGCGAAAAAGUGAUCCAUUUUAGUGAAUACACAUGCCCGAGUGUAACAACUUACCGUAUUAGAUGCUUAAGUUUACCCUAUUUGUAGCACCGUAUUCCAGGAUAUAAAAUUGACCUUAGGUCAUACCUAGAAGACAGUUUUGUCUUCUAGGUUUGGGGAGUAGGAGUUUUGAAACUUGAAUAUGAAUAAAUUUUCCACGGUUAUUGAGGCAAUAGGGAAUAUUACGCGAAACUCUGCGUAGGGGGCGCCAUGGAGCCACUACCACAAUCUGAGGGUCUAUCGUGAAACAAGAACAUUUCUUUAUCUAACAUCUCUGUCACUCUUGCAUAUUCGAGCAAUAAAGAGGCAGAUAGCGAAUUUUCGGAUUCGAGUUUACCGGUAGGUCCUCUGUAAGCAAACCGCCUUGAUGCAUCAAUGUCAUAUUUUAUUAUCUCUGAAAACUUGUCAAAAACCUGUUAAAGGUACAGUAUGUAUAAGUUACUCGAUGGUUUACUAAAAAGGCUAGUCCUGCACUCUGGUGGCAGAACAUUGCAGUAAUAUCCCCUAUUAACUGACUCUCGUGCACGCUAAUGUUUGAUCCUCUGGAUAAAAAAAAUGUUAACAAGGCCUGCUCUACGCGAUACAUAAAAAAUAGUUUGUUACAAAAAUUAUUCAAAGCUAUGGGGUCGAAAUUCCUGUCGGAGGUGGUGAAAAAGGCGUGCGUAUUUUUGAGGCACGGCGCUGCUUCAUUAAAAAGCACGUAAAUACGCAAGAGAUGACAAAAUCUAAUAAUCAUUAUGUUUUGUAAAUUCGUCAUUAGUCUAUUCGUCCAUUAUUCGUUCGUUAGUUCGUCGUCUAUUUGAUAUAUAAAAUUUGUUUUAAUGACUUUAAAAUUUAUAGUUAUUUGUUGUGUAAUUUACGUUGUAACGGAAUUUAUGGCUAGACUAGGUAGAGCCAAAUAAAAUAUAAAUUAUUUUAUUCCGCAUUGUUUAUGCAUGGUAGAGAUUGUAUGCUAUGUUGCUGGAUAUUAAUAUGCUGCCGUAUAACUUAUGAAUAUGUUGUGAACAUGAACUUUGGGGGUCUUUGAUGUUUAAGCUUUAUCGAAAUGUUAGUAUAAUAUGCCCUAUUCAAUUUAAUGAACUAAAGUAUUUUCUAAACAA